UAUAGUUUCACACUGAGAGACACAGAGUGGUUGUUGUGUUUUAGCGGAGAAUAAUAAACAAACAACUAUCAGCGGCCGUGUACACACUACAUGCUGUCAAUGGUCAGGAUGAGUGGGAAGCAGUGUCUGGAGGGUCAGGUGUACUCUGUGCCGCUGAUCCAGUCAGAUCUGAGGAGGGAGGAGGCUGUUCACCAGAUAGCAGACGCCCUGCACUACCUAGAGACCAUCUCUACUGACAUCUUUACCAGGGUGUCUGAGAGUGUAGAGCGGAAUCGCUUGCAGCUGCAGAGUGUGACAGAUCGGAUCAAGCUGGCCCAGGCCCGCGUCGACAAGAUCAAAGGCAGCAAGAAGGCCACCAAGGUGUUCUCCAGUGCUAAGUAUCCAGCUCCAGAUCGUCUCCAGGAUUACUCCUCCAUCUUCAGUGGAGCCACAGACCCCGCCUCCCAGACACGCCCCCGAUACCGCAUACAGGCCAAACUACGAUCCCUUGACGACAAGGCCCUGCAGGAGAAGUUGUGUUAUUACCCGGUGUGUGUGAGCAGUAAGACGCGUUCGGAGGAUGAGACUGAGGAGGGGCUGGGCGGUCUGCCUCGAAACAUCUCCUCUGUCAGCUCCCUGCUGCUGUUUAAUACUACAGAGAACCUGUAUAAGAAGUAUGUGUUCCUGGACCCCCUGGCGGGGGCGGUGACUAAAACACACACCACCCUGGAGACAGAGAAGGAAGAGAAACCAUUUGACGCUCCGCUAUCCAUAACCAAGAGAGAACAGCUGGAGAGACAGACAGCAGAGAGUUACUUCUAUGUUCCAGACCUGGGUCAGGUCCCAGAGAUAGACGUCCCCUCCUACCUACCAGACCUGCCAGGCAUCGCUGACGACUUGUCCUACAGCCAAGACCUGGGGCCGGGCAUCGCACCCUCUGGACCAAUACACAUCUUCCCUGAACUACCGACCUUCACUGGGGAGGACAUGCCUGAUUCUCAGUUCCAAGUUGCAGUCCCGCCUCCUCCCCCUCCACCCCCACCAGAGCCCACACACACCCCCACCCCUCCCCCUGGUCUUCCCCCUCCUCCACCUCCUCCCCCUCCUCCACCUGCAGACAGCCCUGCCGACCCCAGCCGCACUCGGAGCACAGCUCCUGUAGCGGGGGCUCCCAGCGAGGUGGUUGAAUCAAACAGCCGUGCCAGUCUACUAGAGUCCAUCCGCAACGCUGGAGGCAUCGGCAAGGCCAAACUACGCAACAUCAAAGAACGCAAGAUGGAAAAGAAGAAACAGAAGGAACAGGAACAAGUGGUAGCAGCAGCCAGUGGAGGAGACUUCAUGUCAGAUCUCUUCAAUAAGUUGGCCAUGCGAAGGAAAGGUAUCUCUGGUAAGGGUCCUGGAGGCGGGGACUCGGGGGAGGGCCCAGCUGGUUCUGGCAGCGCAUUCGCUAGGAUGUCUGACGUAAUCCCGCCUCUUCCUGCCCCCCAUCAGCCAACCGCUGAAGACGAGGACGACUGGGAGGCCUAACAACUGAGACUUGCCAAUCAGAACCAAUGGAACUCUGAGCACAUCUAGCUCUAAGCCAAUCAGAGAACAGAAUACUGAGGCGAUUCUGAGGGAUGAAGCUAACGCUUGUUGAAGAGGUAAUGCUGUGCUGUCAGUGGGUUGAGUUUCUUCCAGAUAGACAAUGGUGGCAUUCCAGGUUGUAGCGUGACUUCAGUGAAGACCGGGAACGCCACUGGUUUCUUUUCAGAUUAUAUGAUUGUUUGACCAUAGUGACGUGGUCCCUACGUUUUGCAAUCAGCCGCACCUCCAGUGUCUGCCAUGUAUUUGACCCAGGUGUGUUCUAUAGUUCAGUGACUCCCUCUGCUGGCUUUCUGUAGUACUGAUCAGCACACUGGAACCAUCAGGUACUGAUCUUUACUGAGAAAAUAAAAGGACAAACUAUAGUAGAAAAGUCAGACCUCAUCUUAGUAUUGUAAAAAUGUUUAUUAUAAAGUAAUAAAAGUAACACGUAAAUAUUACAUCAUGUGUAACACCACACUAAAGUAGCAGAACUUUUAAAUCAGAAUGUAUUUCAUUCAAUAAAUGGCUUUUUGCAUUAAAAAAAAA